CAGGUUAAUGGGAAAGACCUUUCAAAAGCAACCCAUGAAGAAGCAGUUGAAGCCUUCCGUAAUGCUAAAGAGCCAAUAGUCGUUCAAGUUUUAAGAAGAGCACCCCAUAACAGAGGGCAUGGAAGUUUACAGGAAACACACCUUGUGAAUGUGAGCACCCAAACAGACAUCACAUUUGAGCAUAUCAUGGCUCAAGCCAAACUCAGACCAACCACCCCGCCAGUUCCUGAUGUUUGUCCUUUUCUUCUUUCAGACAGCUGCCAUUCUCUUCAUCCAAUGGAGCAUGAAUUUUAUGAAGGUAAUGAGUAUCUUUCCAGCCUGCCUGGUGAUGGUGAUAGAACUGAAGACUUUGAGUACGAGGAGGUGGAACUGUGCCGCCUGAAUAGCCAGGAUAGACUGGGCUUAACUGUCUGCUACCGGACAGAUGAUGAGGAAGAUACAGCAAUAUAUGUCAGUGAGGUUGCUCCAGAAAGUAUUGCAGCAAGAGAUGGUCGCAUUCGAGAAGGAGACAGGAUUUUGCAGAUUAAUGGCCAGGAUAUCCAGAACAGAGAGGAGGCUGUGAUUUUACUUUCCAAUGACGAAUGUAGGAAAAUUGUCCUUCUGGUAGCAAGGCCGGACAUACCGCUGGAUGAAGGGUGGCUUGAUGAUGAAAGGAAUGAAUUCUUGGAAGAGUUAAACAUGCAGAUGCUGGAGGAACAACAUAAUGAAACAAUACAGUACACUGCUAAUGAAGUGCAACAGCAGAAAAAGCCAGAAGAGGAAGAUGGUACAACUGACACAGCAACUUCGUCGUCCAAUAACCAUGAAAAAGACAGUGGUGUAGGACGCACAGAUGAAAGUCAGCACCAUGAUGAGAGCUCAGAAAUGGAAAAUAUAAUCAAAGAUCACAGAGUCGCUUGUCUUCAGAAAAACCCAAAGCUAAGACAAAGUCAAGAUACAUUAGGAAGUAUUGAACUCCAGUUUAAUGACAGUAUGGUUUCUGGGGAAUACAUAGAUUCAGAUCCUACCAUCAGUCAAGAAGAGGAGUGUGAACGGUUUCGACAAUUGUUAGAGCUAAAGUGCCAAAUCCGAAACCGAGGAGAGUAUGACCUGUACUACUCCAGCAGUACAAUUGAAUGUAGCACAACAAGCCUUGUGGAGUAGAACAUGAGUUACAGCUUUUAAAUGAAGAGCUGAGAAGCAUUGAACUUGAGUGCCAAAGUAUAAUGCAGGCGCACCGGCUCCAAAAUGUUAGGAAUCAACCUAGCGAUAUUUUGGAAAUUCACAGUGAUGAGAUGUGCAAUUACAACACUAGCACAGACUUACGGAGAGACAAAGUGGGUAAUAUCAGAGAGCACACAGAGCGAUCUGAUAAGGACAGUUCUAGUGCAUAUAACACAGCAGAAAGUUGUAGAAGCACACCACUGACUGUAGACAGGUCCCCCGACAGCUCCUUACAAAGAAUAAUUAGCAUCACACAAACCGGAAAAAUCUCAGUAGCACCAUUGUAACAAACCAUUUAUCAUCUGGACUAAGCAGUAUUGAGUAUACUCCAACCAAAUCUCUAACCUGUGGACAGAACCUUCCAGCAGAAUACCAAGAUACUGUGUUAGAAUGCAGUACGUUUUCAGAUCAUAGGAAACCUAUCCCAGAUGAAAUCCCAUACCUUUCACCAUAUCACAGCUCAUCAUAUAGAUAUGGAAAUAUACCAGUCCAUGCAAGACAUUAUCAAAGUUACAUGCAACUUGUUCAACAGAAAACUGCGGUAGAAUAUGCACAAAGCCAACUAAAUCUAGUAACAAUGUGCAGAGAUUCUCCAAGGUCAUUAGAGCCAAGAAUGGAAUGGAAAGUAAAAAUAAGGAGUGAUGGGACAAGAUAUAUUACUAAAAGGCCAGUAAGAGACAAACUUUUGAAAGAGCGUGCCUUAAAAAUAAAAGAAGAGAGGAGUGGCAUGACAACAGAUGAUGAUACCAUGAGUGAGAUGAAAAUGGGAAGAUACUGGAGCAAAGAAGAAAGGAAACAGCACCUUAUGAGGGCAAAGGAGCAGAGGAGGCGUAGAGAAUUCAUGAUGCGCAGUAGACUGGAGUGUCUUAAAGAGAGCCCGCAGAGUGGCAGUGAAAGUAAAAAGGAAAUCAGUAUAAUUGAACUGAGUCACAGAAAAAUGAUGAAAAAGAGAAACAAAAAGAUCUUAGACAACUGGAUGACAAUCCAAGAACUUAUGACACAUGGUGAAAGGUCCCCUGAUGGUUCCAGAGUACACAAUGCCUUUUUAUCAGUCACUACUGUUUGA